GCAGGCAGGCGGGCGGGUGGGAGGCGGCGGCGGCGCCGCGCUCGCCCCGCUGCCCUGGAUGACGGGCGGCCGGUUCGACUUCGACGAUGGCGGUACCUACUGCGGCGGCUGGGAGGACGGCAAAGCCCACGGGCACGGCAUCUGCACCGGGCCCAAGGGGCAGGGCGAGUACGCCGGCUCCUGGUCGCACGGCUUCGAGGUGGCGGGCGGCUACACCUGGCCCAGCGGCAACACCUACCUGGGCUACUGGGCGCAGGGCAAGCGGCACGGGCUGGGCGUGGAGACGAAGGGCAGGUGGAUGUACCGCGGCGAGUGGUCGCACGGCUUCAAGGGGCGCUACGGCGUGCGGCAGAGCCUCAGCACGCCGGCCCGCUACGAGGGCACCUGGAGCAACGGGCUGCAGGACGGCUACGGCGUCGAGACCUACGGCGACGGAGGUACAUACCAGGGACAAUGGACAGGAGGAAUGCGACACGGAUAUGGUGUACGUCAGAGUGUACCCUAUGGCAUGGCAACUGUGAUCCGUUCACCUCUACGAACAUCUCUAGCUUCACUUCGAAGUGAACAGAGCAAUGGCACCGUUCUGCAUGACAUCACUGCAGACAGUCCGGCUGGAACAAGAGGAGGUUUUGUGCUCAAUUUUCACAGUGAAGCAGAAGCCAUGGGAAUUAAGAAAAAAGGAGGCUUAUUCAGAAGAGGAUCCCUUCUUGGUAGUAUAAAACUUAGAAAAUCUGAAUCUAGAUCCUCAAUAUCUAGCAAACGGAGCUCCGUCAGGAGUGAUGCUGCUAUGAGCAGAAUUAGUUCCAGUGAUGCCAACUCUACAAUUAGUUUUGGAGAUGGUGACUGUGAUUAUUGUCCUAUGGAAGACCACGUUGAUGCCACCACGACAGAAACCUAUAUGGGUGAAUGGAAGAAUGACAAGCGCAGUGGUUUUGGUGUUAGUGAGCGUUCAAAUGGCAUGAAAUAUGAAGGAGAAUGGCUAAAUAACAGGAGGCACGGAUAUGGAUGUACCAUGUUUCCAGAUGGCACCAAAGAAGAAGGAAAAUACAAAAAUAAUGUUUUGGUUCGUGGAAUAAGAAAGCAACUUAUACCAAUACGAAACACAAAAACUAGAGAAAAAGUGGAUAGAGCAAUAGAGGGUGCACAGCGAGCGGCUGCCAUGGCAAGAACGAAAGUGGAAAUUGCAACUUCAAGAACUGCACAUGCAAGAGCUAAAGCUGAUGCUGCGGAUCAGGCUGCUCAGUCUGCUCGUCAGGAAAGUGAUAUUGCAAGAGCAGUUGCCAGAGAACUUUCACCAAAUUUCUACCAACCAGGCCCUGAUUAUAUCAAGCAAAAAUUUCAAGAAGGAAUGGAAGUAAAAGAAAAAUCUGAAGACAAAGUUCAGGAAAAACCUCCUAGCCCAAAAGAGUCACCUCACUUUUAUCGAAAAGGUACUACACCACCUCGAACCCCAGAAGCAAGUCCGAGGCAAAGCCCUCCACUUCCUUCUGAGCCUUCUCCUUCAAAACAUCUGAAAAAGCAAAACUCCGCUUCUGGGGCAAAACUCAAUCAAGAAAAAAGGCUUUUAGCCACGGAGAACAUAACACCCAUGAUUAACAAGCCUUUAUAUUCAAAAGCACCAAUAAAGGAAGAAAUAGCUGUGAAACACCAGUCAAAGCUUUCAGCCCAUCACAAUCCCAUCAGCACAGAGAAUGGGGAGCUGCAUGGUCACUACCAUGGUUAUUAUGUAAAAAUGAAUCAACCAGUGCUUCCACGGGAGCAUGGGGAAGAAGAUGAUGAAUAUGUCAACCCAUCACCAUCAACAGUUGCACGGAUACCACAGUCACAGAAGCCAAGCCCUGCUAGAUCUGGGGGUAAGCCAGAUGCCAAAGAAAACAAACCUGACACAAAAAUUAAGAAACCAGAAUUUGCUGCACCAAAGAAUCCAGCUAAUAAGGAGUCACAUUCAGCCAUGGAAAAAGAAGUAGUAAACAGCUCGGGCCCUAACUCAGUCAUGAUUGCCCUGGUAAUGCUGUUGAAUAUUGGUCUAGCCAUUCUUUUUGUCCAUUUUCUAACUUGAUUGGAAUUAGGAAAGUGAAGUCAUGACAACUAGUGGUGUUAGCCCACAGUUCUCUGCAGUUGUGUCAUCAGCCUUUUAAAUGGCACCAGACAUACUCAGACACAGGGAAGGAGGCUUGGCGUUAGGAUGAUGGGACGCAAGAGAGAUGAAACUUGGAAAAUUCAGCCAGGGGCCCAGAUCAGUUUGUCUGCUGAUGGUUUGUGGCUUUGGGGUCCUAUGAAAGCUGAAGCAAGCAGCCAUGUCGGAAAGUAAACAAAAUAAUCUGCUGAAGCAGCCCCACCAGUGAAGUGCGUUGGCUUCUCCAUCUGUUCCAGCAGAGUGUGACUAAACUGGAAAUGUACGGAGCUGCACUUUUUGUUGAUGGAAGCUAACAGCUGCCUUACUAUUUUACCGUCUGAUGUUUUUAGUGGGGAGAUGGGAAAACGACUGCCAGAGGAAUGUGGUCAGUGGAUUCUGUUGCUGUGGAAGUGAUUCCAGCGUUCACUCCUAUCUCAUUAGAAGAAAUAGUUAGCAGCAUCAGUCACCAGUCUUAUUCCAUUACCUGCUGCUUUUAACAUCUCCCACAGUGUUCUGGGAGAUUGAAUUUCAUUUGCCUGUGCAUGAUUCUGUUCGUUCGUUGUUUAUGAAAUCUGAUGUAUAGCCAUAAUGUAGUAUGUAGUCCAACCUGGAGAGCACUACCGGUUCUGCCUAGUGGCAGAAACAGAAGAUAAAACCUUUCUCUAAUCUGAAGAUGUAAUUCUUAAAUUCAUUUUCCUAAAUCCGAAGUGUCUAUUCACUGUAAGGUUUAGGAAGCAAUAUAACAUAACUGCAAAAAUUGAUAUCUUCUUAAAAGUGCUCAAAUGCUUAUGCCAGUAGCAAGCAAAAUUCUUUUUAAUUAAAAAAAAUAAGAAUCUGAAGUCGAUAUCAGCACAUCCUAAGCUGGAGAUGAAAUACCAGAAUAAUGCAAGGAAGAUAAGAUGCGGAGUUUGCAUGUUGAUUUUUUUUUUAAUUUUUUUUUUUUUUUUUUUUAAUUCUGGUGCUGUGAUAAUUAGUGAUUUGAAUUAUUAUGUUUCAGCACUGAGGUGUUUUGCCAGCAUUUAAAAUAUAAAGUCUUGUCUGAGUGCUCAUUAAUGCCAGUGACAGUUAAGCUAGCUAAUGCUCAUAAUAAACUAUUGUGACUUUUGAACACUAGUUUCGUGUUGAAUACAUUCAGGUAGAGCAUUUAGACAUGUUAAGUGAUCGUUUAUCGAUUUGAUGCCUUCAGUGUCUUUGAAGUCCUUUUAUAAUUUUACCUCAGCAUUAAAAAAUCCUCAAAAUUUUUUGUUUGGAAAGUUUGUCUUAAGUAGUUUCACAGCCCUUUGUUAUAAUGAUGUGAUCAUGUUUCUUUUAUGUGCCAUUAUACUGUAAUUAUUGUACCCUAUAUUAACCAAAAGCAUGCUUAUUUGCUGAAAAUAUGUGGUGUGAUCAUUUGGAAAGAAAGCAUUUUAAUUUGAAGCUGCAAAAAGCAAAGGGCUUGUAUUACAGUUUAUUUUAUCUCUGUUAGACGAUAUUUCAUACGAUAUAGUUUUUGAACCUGUUUGUAAACUUUAUAAGUGUUUGCAUGGUGUAACGGGCGACAUUCUUAAAAGUACAUUAGUUAUCUUUUGAUGCAGCAUAUUAAAGUACCAUAGGUGCGGACUGAAUAGAGUGCAGCAAAGCAGCUCCAAGCAGGGCAGUAACACCGUGGUGUUUUUUACAGAAGUAUGUUGAGAAUCCUGUGUUUUCACCAGUGUGGAUAAAGAAGAAAGCAGAAAGAGAGCAAAUGAAAAUAAAACUUGUAUAUUUAUUUUUUAAAGAGUCAAAAUUGUGUUUUAAAUUUAGGAAGGUAAUUUUUAAAUAAGAACAAAGUUUUAAAAGUUACUGUGUAAGCCUUGACGUAAUGGACAAAAUGUUCCAUCCAACAGUGAAAUCGCCCCCCGUCUCCUUACGUGGAGAGGUAAUUUUGUAACUGACAUAUUUAAUUCCUAUUAAAUGUUUAUUUAAAAUACUUUAUGCUCUGGAAAUAAUGGGUAACAAAGCUUAUGAAAAUGUUUAUAAAUUUAAGUAAGCAUGUUAGUACCAUUUAUAAAUAUGUAUGAUUUAUAAGCUUUUUUAAAACAAAGCUCAAACAAAUUGUUGGUAUUUUUCUAAAAUGUGCACAGCUGUAUUUUACAUGAAAGGCUAUUUAUAAUUGGUUGUUAUACUGUACACUACAUUUUGGACAGCACAAUGAAGCCUGCCAAUGUACUUAAUAAUGUCAUUUUGUCUAUUUAAAGUUUCUUGCUGUCAAAGAAUGAACUCUUUAUCUAUGAGUUUAUUUAUAAUUCUUGACCCAAAAUGUAUAAUGUACAGUUUUCACAACUGUAUUUGCUCUAAUAAAAAUAAGUUGGUUAUUAAUAGAGUUUCAGACUGGUUCUUCCUGUUUACAAAUUGCCUUUGUCAUUCUCCAGAAACGAAUUUUUAAGCAAACUAAAUAAACAAGAAAUGAACCAGGAAUAUAGGU